UCUCAGUCAGGAAAGCGCAGCCUGUCCGAAGGGAAGUGUCAGCCCACUGCGCUUCCUCAUCGGGCCGCCGCUACAGCUGCGCGUAGCGUACACCACAAUUGCUUUGUCGCUUGGGGGAAACACAAAUCUCGAGGAACGCACUAUCAUCGAACACUGCAGAUACCAGACGCAGCCACUUAUCUCUAGCAUUCUGUAGUGGCCACGAUUCAGCAAACUGCACACGAUAAGAAAUAAUAUUCCCAGAAGGCACUGCGACCGUUACGGGCAACGGAGCGCGUCACGGAAGGGGCAAUCAAGUUUUUUUUUUCUGAAAAACUUGGUGCAAUAUUGGAUGUAAGCAAUGAGACUGUACAGGACAGCCCUCACCGUCAUACUCAAAGGCACAAGUGCUGCGGGAACUACUUGUGUCAUAGAUAAUAACCAUGCCAACAAAUUUCUUCUUUCUGCACCAAAUUCAGCAUUGCUCUUGAGUUUUCAGAGGAGCUAUACAACUAAUGAACUUUCAAAAAAUCUACAGCUGACAAGCAAUGAUGAAGUAAAAAUUGACAAAUCUUUUGGGUUCAAAAUUGUUUCCAAGCCUACAAACAAACCACUGGUAGUGUUGCUACCUUGGUUGUUAGCACAACAGAAACAUAUCAUGAAAUAUGGAAGAUUUUACUUGGACCAAGGGUUUGAUGUGCUAAAAGUGUCUCUGACACCAUGGCAGCUGCUGUGGCCAACUAAAGGCAGCCAGCUAAUUGCAGAAGAUCUCCUGCAGUUCCUCCAUUUAAAUAAAUUUUACCAGCCUCUUCUUCUGCAUGGCUUUUCUGUUGGUGGCUACUUAUGGGGAGAAGCACUAGUUAAAAUUAAGCAAGACAUGGAGCUAUACCAACCAGUUGUGGACAGAAUUGCUGGUCAUAUCUGGGACAGUGCAGCUGACCUGACAGAAAUGCCACUAGGCUUCCCGAAAGCAGUUUUCCCAAAAAAUUUAGUACUGCAAAAUGCAUUUGAGAAGUACAUCAGGUACCACUUGAAGACAUUCCAUCAAGCCGCUACUAUUCAUUACAUUCGAUCAAGUCAGAUGUUCCAUACCAGCAUUGUUCGUGCUCCAGCUCUCUUGCUAUUUUCUAAGACAGAUCCAAUUGGGUGUGCUGAGUCAAAUCUCAGAGUACGUGAUACAUGGGAAUCUGUUGGCAUGAGGGUUUAUACAAAAUGCUGGGAUGAAUCACCUCAUGUUGGACACUUCAGAGCACAUCCACAAGAAUACAUGGCUGAAAUAUAUGCAUUUCUCGAUAAACUAAAUCUUGUGCAGAACCCAGAGAGACAAAAGGUUCAAAUAUAAAAGACAUGGAAACACUGUAAAUCAACAAAGUGCACAGUAUUACAAGAACACUGAAUGAUGUGACUAUUUGAGUGAAAAAAAAAGAAAAGACUACAGUUUAGCUUUUAUCAUCACUUGAUGUGAGGCUAAUACUUACUGACAAAGUUUGAAAAACUUUCAUUUUUAAUAAUUUUGUGAUAUGAUAAACGUUUUUCAAUAAUAGUUUAAAUGUUUCUUUAAUUUAUAUCACUUAUUCAUAUUUGUAAUGUGAAUAAAUGUCAACUGUUUUGUUA